AAUACAGCAGGUGAGCUGCAACGAAAAAAAAUUAUGAAAGUGAUCUUAAGUCCAAACCUGCAACUUCAUAAUGUUGCUAUAGCAAAUGAUAUAAGUUUAGUGAAAACUGAUAGUAUUCAACUUCCAUUUUACGCGAAACUCAGCUCAGUCGACUACACAACUCUCAUUGGUCAAGAAGCGAUACUCUUAGGUUAUGGACAAACGCAUACUAUUUAUCAAAAGGAUCCAGGAACAAACUAUACUUUAAAAAUGAUGGAUGUUAUGUUGAUGAAAUGUAAACAUAUUCCGUUUAUAAAGAUAUAUACAAGAAUGUGCACAGUACCUAAGUGCGGCGUAUCAGAGUUCCUGUGUCCAGGAGAUUCAGGAGGCACAGUUUUACAUAGUUCGGGAGUCAUUGGUGUCCAUUCUGCCAGUUUAAGGUGUUUUCUACAACAGAAUAGCCCGCUUUUUGGAAGAUUUAACUAUGCGAGUAUAGAUAUGCCCGUCAGCCCAUAUUUAGAUUGGAUCAGAAAUGAAAUUACAAGAGAUUAAUUUUAUUCGGACAUAAAAUACACAGCCAUCGCAAGCGAUAAGAGUUAAAUUGAAGCCGGACAUUAUCAAUAUUAGAUUGGUUCCGGUCGCCGCAAGCGCUCUUGAAACUUACAUAAAAAGACACAAUUUGGUUGUUCUCGUUUUUCUUAUUUCACAACGGUUAUACGAAAGAAUUAAUUGAUAACCUCUCACGACAAUGAUCGUACUUAUCAUAAUUUUAUUGGUGUGUACAAACUUGUCAUUUCAAUUGGAUUCAAAGUUAUGUCAAAAGUACCCAAGUCAACGGCAUUGUAUCAUUGAAUGGAUGUCACGAGAGAGAUGGGCUCACACAGAAAGACACACGUAUAAAUGGGAUAGACGGAAAUGCCUGCUAAUUCGCUGGGCGAAAUAUUGUGGAGCACCUCUACCAGACACGAACAACUUUGAUAGUGAAGAACUUUGCUAUUCAGAAUGUGGGGGGUGGGCUUAACUAACUAAAUAAUACACAAUUAAACAUUUGAGUCGA